AUGGCUGCUAAGACAGAUGGGCUGUUUGGAUUACAUUGUUUUAAACAUGUGUUUCAGCCGGUGCUCUCAGACCUACCAUGUGGAGAACAUGAAAUGUGCAUAAAUUAUAAUAGUCAACACCCCAAUGGUUGGUAUGUCUGGUUCCUGCUGCUAAUUUUCCUGGUGCUUCUUCUCUGUGGAGCUGUGGUCUUCUGCCUCCAGUGCUGGCUGAAAAGAUCUCAAAUUGUUUCCCCAAGACAGACCAUCGCUGUUUUUGCCGUUGGAGACUUGGACACAGUUUAUGGGAUGGAAGCAGCUGUGAGUCCCACUAUCGGAAUUCACCUUCAAACUCAAAACCCUGAACUGUUUCCUGUUUCCAAUUUUGGCGCUUUGGGUCCUCCACCUCCAUAUGAGGAAAUUCUAAAAACAAGCCGACUUUAG